CCCCGCGCGCAUGCGCAGUGCAAAGCGGCGCGAUGGCUGCCCGCAGCCAUGUGCAGGAUCCUAACGACCGCCGCCUGAGGCCUGUCUACGAUUACCUGGACAAUGCAAACAACAAGAUGGCCAUCCAACAGGCGGACCGCGUCCUCAAGAAACACAGAGACCUACACUGUGCCAAGGUGCUCAAGGCGAUUGGCCUGCAGCGUCUUGGCCGCCAGGAUGAGGCCCUGGGCCUCGCUCGUGACGUUGCUGCUCUGGAACCGACAGACGACAACUCACUACAGGCACUCACCAUCCUGUACCGGGAGAUGCAUCGGCCCGAGCUGGUGAUGAAGCUGUACGAGUCUGCGGUGAGAAAGUUCCCGGCUAACGAGGACCAUCAGGCCCACCUCUUCAUGGCCUACGUGCGCAUCGGGGAGUACAAGAAGAUGCAGCACGCGGCGAUGGCUCUCUAUAAGGUGACCCCGAAGAAUCCGUAUUACUUCUGGGCUGUCAUGAGUGUCGUCAUGCAGGCUCUCUCGGUGGGUGGGAGUCAGCUGGCCACCACGAUGUUCCUGCCCCUGGCUGAGAGGAUGGUGCUCAAGAUGGUGACGGAGAAUCGCAUCGAAGCAGAGGCAGAGGUGCAGCUUUACCUCCUCAUUUUGGACCUCCUCAACAAACAUGAAGCUGCACUGCAGCUUAUCAAGGGCAGCCUGGGAGGCAAGCUGACGUCAGAGCUGCGAGCCGUUGACAUGAAGAGUGCGGAGCUCUACCAGAAGAUGAAACGCUGGCCGGAGAGCAACGCCUUGGCCCGCAGGAUGCUGCUGCUCAAGUAGCUGUGGGGGUCCC